CUCCUGCAGGUAUAGUUUUUUAGUCUUCAAGUUUGUAAUUAGGAGUUUUAAUUUCAUGAGUUGAGUGAAAAUGUUAAAAUCUAGGGUUUGAUUUGAUAGAGAAGUUGUUAUUGCAUUGCAAGAACAAUGAAUAGAAGGGAAGUUUUAGAAAAGAAGAAAUUAAUAGACGAAAUCAUAAGAAAUGCUAAUAAUAAUUCAGAGAAAGAUCAUCUCUUUUCGUUACUUCCAUCUUGUUAUCUUCAUUUCAAUCGAAACGGUCUGUCUGUAUACUUAGAGUCAGGAAUUGGGUCAUGUCUAUCUUCAUUUAAGAAACAAUAUAUUCAAAAGCUUCUUAAGGUCAAUAUGGAAGCUAUAUAUGGACCAGAAGAAUGGGUUUUCGAAGAGAAAGUUAAACGUAGAGAAAUGGUUGCGCAUGAUGCUCGUUACAUAUUUGUUCGAGAAAUUACGGAUAAUGCAACGUCUACUGAUCAUGGGGGGGAGAAUCUUUUUGUAGGUUUUGUCCAGUAUAGGUUUGUAUUGGAGGAAGAGGUGCCGGUGACUUAUGUUUAUGAACUACAGCUUGAAGAGCGUGUGCAAGGGAAAGGGCUAGGGAAAUUUUUAAUGGAGUUGGUUGAGAUUAUUGCGUAUGAGAACCGUAUGAGUGCUGUUAUGUUAACUGUUCAGAAAGGGAAUGCACUUGCUAUGGAUUUUUAUGUGAGUAAGCUAAUGUACGUAAUAUCGUCCAACUCACCUUCACAGAUGGGGUUUGACAAGAACUAUGAAAUUCUGUGCAAACCAGUUGAUCAUGAAGCAAAAAGAAAAAAUGUUGGUGAUACAGUUUUACUGGGUGCUGCAACAAAUAUAAACUAGUGACCAAUUUAUUUGCCAUGUAAUAGUAGAUCUGUGCUCCACUUAUAUGUAGGUGCUGCAGAGUUUGCGAAUGAAAGGGUUAUUGCCUAUCUUUAAAUGUAAGCAUAUCUAGAUCGGUUGAAGUGUGACCUAGCCCACUUUGACGGGAUAAGCAUUGAAUAAAAAGGAGGUGCAGGAUAGGAGAUAACAAGAUGGUGAGGGAUUACCUUUUACUGUAUUUUGUACUUCUUGAAGAUCGGUCCCUAUGGAAGAGCCAGUCUUCUAAAGUCUCUGCAGUAACUCAACGCCCCUAAAACACACCAAGACAAAUGGUUAAAGGCCCUGGAGGUAGGGGCAAGGAAGAAAAUCCUAGAGUGUAGAUGAGGGAGAAGGUAGUGCAGCUGGUAUUGGUGAAGAUCAGGACAUGUGCUGCAUUUCUUGGUCAGAGUAGCCCGAAGAGGGCAAAGAACUCCACUCAGAUUUUGGAGACAAACCGCUUAAGUAAUUAGCUGAAGACUAAAUUAAGUUCCGGGUCGUAUGGCAACAAUUAGAAUUGCAUGGGAGCCAAAUAAAUGGCAUCACUACAGCGCUGGAAUGUCUAGGAGAACCAGAAAACCCAUGCAAAUUUCUGAAAUGCAAACUGAUGAUGAUGAGAAUAAUGGUGCUACUGGUUCUAGUUAUUUCCAAAUAGAAAGCAAAGUAGAUAAUGAAGAUGAAUCAAUAGCAACAACAGCACAUGAUACUGGUCAUCAUCAAUUAGGGAAGUUGAUAAUGAGCGAAGGACAUCAGGGAAAAGCUAUAAAUAGUGGAAAUAAGCUUGAACAUUACUGUAGCAGCUCUCCUGGAGGUGGCAGAUUUUCGCUAAGCCAUCACUUCAUCAAAGAAGAGAAGAAUGAUACUUGUGAUAAUGAUAAUAACCAAUUAAUGGUGAUAAAACAGAAGGGCGUGAAAGGAAUCAAAUAUGGCAAAUUGGUGAAGAAGUAUAUGACGACUGUGUUGGACAGAUUGGUUAAGAAGACUAAGAACGGGGACAAAAAUCAUCAAUUGGGAUCACACAAAAAAGCAGCUCUUCCAUAAACCAUGUAGUAAUUAUGUUCUCUAUUAAUGAGCAAUUUUCAUGUAUUUUAAUCUGAUCAGAUACUAUUAAUGGG